AUGUCCUCCAAGAGGUCGCGUGCUACCUAUGAGGCCGAUCUUGUCGCAAAACAAUCCCCAUAUGUCUUCUUCGGAACCCCUCUCCCUCCCUUGGAUCCCGAUGUCAGGGACGAUGGCUCUUAUGUGCCGCUAUGGAAGCAGGAGGUGAGGGAUGAUCGAGGAAGGAAGCGGCUCCAUGGCGCGUUUACAGGGGGGUGGAGCGCUGGCUACUUCAACACGGUCGGCUCCAAAGAGGGAUGGACACCCUCAACGUUCGUUUCUUCGCGAACAAACCGGCGUAAAGAUGACCCCAACGCUCCCCAGCAACGCCCAGAGGAUUUCAUGGACGAGGAGGAUCUGGCCGAAGCCGAGGAAUCAAAGAGGAUACAAACCCAAGCGGCUUUUGCCGGUUCUGGUUCGACCGCAGAUGAUGUAUCAAGGGCGAGCGACCUCAUGGGCCUGUUUCGGGUUCAAGGGGAGACUAUGGGCGUCAAACUGCUCAAGAGGAUGGGCUGGAAGGAAGGCCAAGGAAUCGGCCCAAAGAUCCGCAGAAAAGCCCGCCUUGACCUGAGCGGCGACGCGAACGAGACAGGCGACACAUAUCUCUUUGCUCCAGAGAAUGCACCCAUGAUUAGUUUUGUCCGCAAAACCGAUCACAAGGGUUUGGGCUACGGGGAAGCACCUAGGUUGACGCCGAUUGGCCUCUCAGCGAGGGGAAGUGGUGCUGAUGAUUCUGAGGAAGAUGAUGACCAAGGCAUAGGUUACCGUGGGCGUCCGAGAUUCUCAUUAGCGCCAAGUAAGAAGAAGUCAAAGGGGAAAGCUCAAGGGGGAUUUGGCACUGGUGUACUGAACGAAACCGGUUCUGACGAGGAAGAUCCGUACGAGAUUGGCCCGCGCAUUUCGUAUAACCGGGUAAUAGGAGGGGAGAGAAAGAAGAAGAAGGCCAUCACAUCAACAAAUCCGACGGUGAAGACUAAACCCACCUUCAUAGCCCCAUCCAAGAAAGCAGCGUUGGGAAAGGUUGCGCUUGGCAUACGGAAAUGCCACGAUGGACGGCUUCCCCUGGAUGGAUUUGUCUUUGGCAGGGAACCCGAUAUUCUGAUAUCCGCCAUCAAUGCCGAAGGAAAACACCCACCUCCCAUUGUUCCGCCGGGGUGGGUGCCAUCGAAACAAGCCAAACCGGAGGCAGGCUCAGCUGCCUACAUUUCAACCGCAGAUGCUGCCAAAGCAUCAACGCUGGACCCAAAGUCCCGCGCAGCCAUACUUGGCGAGAAACAGCUACCCGGAAAGUCGGUGUUCGAUUUUUUGUCGGCCGAUUCACGGGAGCGUCUGGCUGCUCUAACAGGCAGAACCGACCUUCCACCUGCGCGCGGCGAGGUCCCGGCAGGAUAUGCUCUGAGCGAAGCCGAGCGGUUGCAAGAGCUUCUUAGCCGCGUGCCGCAGCUAGAUAAGGAGACGGCUAUUUCUGCGAUUUCCAGGGGUGCCGGUGGCGGCGCCCCUUACGCAGAUGACGACGCUAAACGGUCGAGAUACAUUGCUUUUCUCGAAUACCAGGCAGGAUUUAAGCCUACUCCAGGGGAAAAGCCGCGGCACCUGAAUAAUGAGGAAUGGCUGAGGGAGAUGCAUGAGUUUUUCAAUUGUGCACGGAUUUUCAAGCCCAUGACAGGAUUCAUGGCCAGUCGAUUCACAACCUCAUCGACAGCGAAAAAGUCUGAGAAUGGUGAAAAGGAUCUUGUCCCAGAGCUUCCACCCAAACCUCAGGAUCCAGCGGAAGAAGCCGCCAGACUUGGUAUGUUUGGGCCCAUGACGAGGUCCGUUACUGACUUUUAUCCUACACGUCUGCUUUGCAAGAGAUUCAAUGUGAAGCCGCCUGAACAUGUUCAGCCAGACGACCUACGCGGUCCGGGUUCGGGCAAUACAACCCAUGAUGCUGCUUCCGGGUUCGGCACUCAACAAGGCUAUGGCCCUACACGUCAACAGCUCCUGGCACUAGAAUCUGGCUCCGCCUCCACCUCCUCUCACGCCAUUCAUGGAGGGGUCCAGUCUGGCAGCAAGAGCGAGCUCAUGGAACGAGCUCUGACCCCUGAAAAGAAUGCCGUUGAUUCAAGCAGGAACGACGCUUUAGAGGGCCAAAGGGCAGGCGAGGAGGUGUUCAAGGCCAUCUUUGGUGACAGUGAUGACGAGAACUAA